GAUUUGCUGCUUAUCCCGUUGACUUGCGGGACGACGAGGGAGGAGAGGAAGAAGAAGAAACGAAGGAGGACGUCGAAAAAGACUCGGCUCACGUGGUCUGCUUACCUUUGCGUUUGUCCUGAUUUGUUUCCCGCCGACUUCCAGCCAUCUCCAACUCCAUCGAACGAACAGCAAGCUCACCGGCGCAUCUGCAUCGACAAACAUCGAUCUUCCCUUUCGACGCCAGCAGGCUGCGAGGAGGACAGACACCUAGUGUCGCAAUGGCUGUUCGAUCUCUCCCCAGAAGCCUCUCGAGGCAGCUGGCCUUUGUCAGACCCUAUGGAACGGUGCAGAGCAGCAUCCCCAAGCCGGCGGCUUCUGCUUCUUCUCCAGCCGCAGUCGCACCAUCUCCCACGAGCUCGCUGCCGGCAGCACUGCAGGAUGCGAUUGCGGCCAGCGCGCCCCGUACAUCCUGGACCCGCGAGGAGAUCACUCAGAUAUACCAGACUCCCCUUAACCAGCUGACUUUUGCUGCUGCCGCUGUCCACCGUAACUUCCAUGACCCUGCGGCUAUCCAGAUGUGCACGUUGAUGAAUAUUAAGACCGGUGGAUGUAGUGAGGACUGCUCAUAUUGCUCUCAAUCGUCAAGAUACGAUACCGGCCUUAAGGCAACAAAACUAAGCAGUGUAGACUCUGUCCUGGAGGCUGCUCGCAUCGCCAAGGAGAACGGGAGCACCAGAUUUUGCAUGGGUGCUGCAUGGCGUGAUAUGCGCGGUCGAAAGUCCAACCUGAAGAAUAUCAAGGCAAUGGUCAGCGGUGUGCGCGAGAUGGGCAUGGAGGUCUGUGUUACACUCGGCAUGAUUGAUGGUGAACAGGCAAAGGAGCUGAAGGAGGCCGGCCUGACUGCCUAUAACCACAAUGUCGAUACAUCAAGAGAAUUCUACCCUUCCAUCAUCACUACCCGGUCUUACGAUGAGCGUAUUCAGACUCUUGGCCACGUCCGCGAUGCUGGAAUCAAUGUCUGCUCUGGCGGUAUUCUUGGCCUUGGUGAGGAAGACUCAGACCGUGUGGGGUUGAUUCACACUGUUGCUACCCUGCCUGCUCAUCCAGAAUCUUUCCCUGUCAAUGCCCUGGUACCUAUCAAGGGCACUCCUCUAGGCAACAGGAAGAUGAUUGAAUUUGACAAGCUGCUGCGAACAGUUGCUACGGCUAGAAUUGUCCUUCCUGCCACUAUCGUUCGUCUAGCAGCUGGCCGUAUCUCCUUGACAGAGGAGCAGCAAGUUACUUGCUUCAUGUCUGGCGCAAAUGCUAUCUUCACCGGUGAGCGAAUGCUUACAACCGACUGCACCGGCUGGGAUGAGGAUAAGAAGAUGUUCGACAAAUGGGGAUACUAUCCUAUGAAGAGCUUUGAGCGUGGAGAAUACAAGGGAAUUGCGGAAAAGCAAUCUUCUUCAGUUAGCGACGUUGUCGUCGAACCGGCCCAGCCUGCUGCAGCCCCAGCUUCAUAGACUCCUUUCCAUAUUGCCCACUUGGGCUGUUAUUAUUUUACAUUUCACUUGUGCCCAACCAUUGAUUUGUAUAUUCAUGACCAAAAUAUAUCAUCAUUUUCGUGCCCGUAGGCUACAUCUAUACAUUUAUAGAAACCGCCCUUUUUCAUACCAUCCAGGGAAAGGCUAUGUACUUUUAUCCUAUUCAUCCAUUUUUUUAAUUUUUCAACAUCUUAGGGUCGCAUAUCGAACAGUAACCUCCUCCUGAACGCC